AUGGAGGUGCCUAACGUCAAGGACUUCCAGUGGAAGCGCCUGGCGCCGCUGCCCAGCCGCCGGGUUUACUGCUCCCUGCUGGAGAGCGGGGGGCAGGUCUAUGCCAUCGGGGGAUGUGACGACAACGGCAUCCCCAUGGACUGCUUUGAGGUCUACUCCCCCGAGGCCGACCAGUGGACCGCCCUGCCCCCCCUGCCCACAGCCCGGGCCGGGGUGGCCGCCAUCGCCCUGGGGAAGCGGAUCAUGGUGAUCGGGGGUGUGGGCACCAGUCAGCUGCCCCUGAAGGUCGUGGAGAUGUACAACAUCGAUGAGGGCAAGUGGAAGAAGAGGAGCGUGCUGCGAGAGGCCGCCAUGGGCAUUUCUGUCACGGCCAAAGACUACCGAGUGUACGCGGCUGGUGGGAUGGGCCUGGACCUCCGUCCACACAACCACCUCCAACACUAUGACAUGCUCAAGGACAUGUGGGUGUCACUAGCACCCAUGCCCACCCCGAGAUAUGCUGCCACCUCCUUCCUCCGAGGCUCCAAGAUCUAUGUGCUAGGGGGACGACAGUCCAAGUAUGCAGUCAAUGCCUUUGAGGUCUUUGACAUUGAGACUCGCUCCUGGACCAAGUUCCCCAACAUUCCCAGCAAGCGGGCCUUCUCCAGCUUUGUGACCCUGGAUGACCGCCUCUUCAGCCUGGGGGGCCUGAGGCAGGGUCGGCUCUACCGGCAGCCCAAGUUCCUCCGGACCAUGGACGUGUUCGACAUGGAACAAGGCGGCUGGCUGAAGAUGGAACGCUCAUUCUUCCUCAAGAAGCGGCGGGCAGACUUUGUGGCCGGCUCUCUGAGCGGACGGGUCAUAGUGGCCGGAGGACUCGGGAACCAACCCACGGUCCUGGAGACGGCAGAGGCAUUCCACCCGGGGAAGAACAAGUGGGAGGCGCUCCCCACCAUGCCCACGCCCCGCUGCGCCUGCUCCAGCAUUGUCAUCAAGAAUUGCCUCCUGGCCGUGGGGGGCGUCAGCCAGGGUCUGAGCGACGCCGUGGAAGCCCUAUGCGUCUCUGACUCCUAGCUGCCCCCGGGCCUGGCGCCUCGGCCCCAGACCAGACCACUUCACUCUUGACGACAGACAUGGUCUCAUCAGAGCAGUUUGGGUGACUUCCCAGGAUGCCAGCUCCUGUCCGCAACUAGGGGGGUCAGGCCCUAGGGGCUCUGGGGGACCUCCCUCCACCUCCAAACUGUAUCGAUCCCAGGAAACCGUAAGAAGACACGCUGACUCCGCCAGCCUGCAGCUGGAGCCCAGCCCAGCUCUGAGGAGGCUCCUCCCCUCCUGCUCAGGCAGAGGAAGGCCCAGGAGUACCUGCUACCUCCCCUUCCUGUGAGUUCCACCUCCCCCAGUGGCCAGGGCAGGAGGUGGGUGGGUCAGAAGACCACGGCUAUCACUGUCUUCUCCCCAGCUCUGUGCUAGUUUGAGGGUCUCUAGGGAUGGAAAAUGGUGAGGGGGUUGCAAGGAGUCCGGAACCCGUCUUCUCUCCCAUGAUUCGCAUCCCUAACCCGUUUGGCGGUCCGCAGCGGGCUGCCCUCGCCCUCAUCUGCUCAGCGACUCAGCUCUGGAGCAGAGGCCGCUGAGCUGGAAGGGAAGUCAGGUUCAAAUGGAUCAGUCCAGGUCAGCAGCCUCGGCCAGCAAGAUCCCAGGCCUCUUGGGUCCUUGAUGGGAACGCGAUGAUGAGGAAGGAGCAGACACUCAGCCCAGGCUCUGCUUCCCGCUUCUCUCCUCACUCACUGUCUCCUUCCGCCACCCCUCCCUGGCUCUUUUGUCCCCAGCGUUCCUGGAGCGUUUCUGUACAAAACCUUCUCGUGUACACUGUGGCAUCAAAAUCCACAAAGUCUGGAUUGACUACACCCGGGUUAACAGCAGCAGCACAAUGAUUAAAAUCUAUAUUCCUA